ACGCGAGUACCGGGGAGAAAUGAUGGCAAAGCGCAGUGGCCCAUUUGGCAGCUCUUACGCGCAGGAGAUUGACGAUGUAUGCAACUUUGGAUUUGUUGGUCGGAAAGCUCAGCGGUUUUAGGUCAAAUACUAGAGUGCAGUUUAGAAUAAAUGGACUGCAUGAGCCGAGGUUUCCCCGAGUAAGUUUCGGGAGGGGGAACGUACGGGAGACGGAGUCGAUCGGAGGCCGCGGGCUCGGGAAGAAUACUCACGGGAGGAUUGCGGAGAUGGCUCGGGGAAGACAGGAGGGAUACUUGUUGCGCGAGAGCGUUUAACGAGUCCAUGAUUUUGCGGAGGGCUUUGUCUUGUCUGUCGAUACGGUGGGCGAGCGCUUCCCUCAACGCUUGUGUCGUCGCUGGGUCCCGAGUAUUCUGUCACGGUGCAAGUUGGAUUGGACCCAAGAGCAGAUCGAGGCGGAGGGAGUAGAUUUCGAACGGUUUAUUGCAGGUUGACACAGGGUAAGGAUAUCCAAGGCGGGGUGCUGAACCAGCGGGACAAGGAGCGAGCAGGAAGCGAGAACGUGAGCAGGAGACGGGAAAGAACACAAUCGGGAAGGGCUCAGCACGGCGUGGGUGCCCAGGGAUCCUCUGCCCGAGUGUGUGCAGAGUAGCGGUCAAAACCCUAACGACAUGAACCACACCAAGGGCGGCCUGGUUAUCUUCACCGCCAACUCGCACCCCUCCAGCCGUGAGUUGGGCAAGAGGAUUGCCGAGCGAUUAGGGCUGGAGCUUGGCAAGGUGCAGGUGUACCAGGAAGCCAACAGAGAAACGCGUGUACAAAUCCAAGAGUCCGUGCGAGGGAAGGAUGUCUUUGUGAUUCAGACCGUGUCCAAAGAUGUGAACACGACUAUAAUGGAGAUGCUGAUCUUGGUGUAUGCAUGCAGGACAUCUUGUGCAAAAAGCAUCACUGGCGUCCUCCCCUACUUCCCUUACAGUAAACAGUGCAAAAUGAGGAAGAGAGGCUCCAUUGUCUCCAAGCUUAUUGCCUCCAUGAUGUGUAAAGCAGGGCUCACACACCUGAUCACCAUGGACCUCCAUCAGAAGGAGAUUCAAGGCUUUUUCAACAUCCCAGUAGACAACCUGAGAGCGUCGCCCUUCUUGUUGCAGUACAUCCAAGAAGAGAUCCCUGACUACAGGAAUGCUGUGAUUGUGGCCAAAUCCCCAGCUUCUGCCAAAAGGGCCCAGUCGUUUGCCGAGCGCCUGCGUCUCGGUAUCGCGGUGAUCCACGGCGAAGCUCAGGAUGCCGAGUCCGACCAGGUCGACGGGCGACACUCGCCGCCCACUGUCAAGACCACUGGAGCCAUUCAUCCAAGCAUGGAGAUACCAUUGUUGAUUCCCAAAGAAAAGCCGCCCAUCACUGUCGUAGGAGAUGUAGGAGGCCGCAUCGCCAUCAUAGUGGACGACAUCAUCGACGACGUCGACAGUUUUGUGGCGGCGGCGGAGACGCUGAAGGAACGAGGGGCCUACAAGAUCUUCAUCAUGGCAACGCACGGAAUCCUCUCCUGCGACGCCCCCAGAUUCAUCGAGGAGUCCGCCAUCGACGAGGUGGUGGUGACCAACACGAUCCCUCACGAACUGCAGAAGCUUCAGUGUCCGAAGAUCAAAACGGUGGACAUCAGCAUGAUCCUGUCGGAGGCCAUCCGACGCAUUCACAACGGAGAGUCCAUGUCCUAUCUUUUCCGCAACAUAGGAGUGGAUGACUGAAGGAUCUGUACACACGCGCACUCACAUACGCUGUUACAUGCCAUUUGCCUUGUCAGACCUCAAAGUGUACACUGUAUAUACACUGAUGAUGUCCUCCAUGUUUCGUUACAUUAAUGUAGAAGCAAGCCCUUCCUUAGUGUUCACAUAUAGUACUCACCAAAAGUUAGGGAUAUUGGGCCUACAGAUGAAAUUUCUGCCCGAACCUGAAAUGUGUAACAGCUGCUGUUUGCCGGGAAUAGCGGAAAUGUGCUCGUCACUGAUGCUGGCCACCCGAAGGGUUUGUAAUUGCCUCUGGAGGCCAAAAGACGGUGGCAAAGGCUGACCAAACGGUGCCUACGCAAGCGUAUAGAUCAGGGGAGGGCAAAUUAUUGUUUUGGCCAGUGAAUACGGGAGUUUCAACGAAGGGUAGGUUCCAAGCAGGUUAUCUGACCUCGAAACCUUUGAAUGCGCAGCUCACUUCGAUGUUUCAGUACUUUUUGCGCAAUGUUCAAUUGUGCAACAGAAGUUGAACGGCAAGCUACGCAACAGGAGUUUGAACCGUGCGCGGAGGAGUCCGCUGGCUGGUUCAGUUUUUAUGAGCAGCCCUUUUCACAUUUUGAUGGCAUGAGACCAAGGCGAAGUUGAACAAUCGAUCACGAGUACCUCGCCGCACGUCGGCAGGUUGCAACAGAAAUACAAGGAGACUGGAAGAGUCACAGAAAGGCAUAGAAGGGGGCAGCCUUUUCCAAUCAGCUCCUUGUUAGAGAACAGCAAGUUGUGUUAAAAGAACUGAAACAUAAGAGUUGGGUAGCGCAUCCUGAAAUUUGAUCCGAAAGCCGAAUAUCCUGAAAUGUUAGGAGUAUUCUCGAUGACUGAUAGACCCCUCCGCAAAGUAGUGCUUUUCUUCCACGCAGUUUCAGCUUCUCAAUGCACCGCCGUCACUCCUGUCUCAAGUAAAAUAGCAGUCUCUCACUCCUUUGUUUCUUCAUUUCCCCUCCAUGCCAAUUGUCCUCUUUCUCAACAUUGUUUGUAGUAUUUACAGUUCCCGCAAAGCAGCGCAAUAGAAUUUUACAUUUUUUUUAAUUUUUAAUUUUUUUUUUUAAAUGUCCAAGCAAGUUCAUUUGUCAAAAUGUUCAAUCCUCAUUAAAUCUUCCGGGUUUCAGGGAUUAUAGCAGGAACUCCGUUGUUUUGUGUCUGUUUUUCUCUCAGCAGUCGGGGUGACAUUUCUAGCAGAGGUUGCUGGUAAAUCAGCAAGUUGUCUUUAGAAUUAUUGUUAGCGAUGAUUGUCCACAAGGAAAGAUUGUAUCACACGCAUGUGAGUGCCUUUGGGCGGAACACACGCACACAGACGCACGAGUCCUUCGCCAGAUAGUCCAGUCAUUCAGGACAGAUCUUGUCAUAAAUCAGGUUUUGACUCGUUUUUCUAAGCAUCCUGCUGCUUUUCAUUUUAAGCUUCUUGGUCCGGUUCUGUUUUGUUUGGUCAGUGUAUUAUGCUACUGAUGCGGAUGGAGUCGGAAGGACUCGUCGUCGUUGCCGUAGUUGCAACCGGGGUCAAAUCUACUACUUGCUAAAUUUGAACUGGAAUUCGUUUUAUUUAUUUUGUAUUUUUUGAUAAUGUCUUCCGAUGCUUCUGAAAUACUGCGUGAGUGUAUCCAUUUAACACUAGGGGCUAUUAUCUAAUCAAUACCUCCUUGUGUUUGAUAGCCACGAUACCACAAAGCUGUUCAAAGUUCUGGGAUGAUGUGGACGUCAAUUUGUCCUUUUUGAAAAGUCACGUCACCCAAGUCAAUAUUUGUAAAAGCUUGUUGUUGUUGGUCUGAUGAAGGGUAAUUGAGCCAUCAUUAUCAUGAUCAAACAGUAAUGGAGUUCGUCCUUAUCACGUUUCCAUCGAAGAGAUGGAAAGCUAGGAAGCGAACACUGUUUUUCUAGUAAACAAAUUGACUGAAGCAGGUCUUUGUCACUUUGCCACAUGUGGUCCAAAAAUGUUUUGUAUUUAUUUUCAGCACUAACUGAAUAAACAUGAAAAUAAAGUCUCCCU